ACCCAAUUAGGUAGCGGAAUCCGCCCAGAGGCAAGAAGCAGUCGUCCCCCUCAGAGCCACCGAACUUUUCCUCGCUUACCUCCUUCCCACCCACCUUGCGAGCCUCAAAUCUGAUCCCGGAUUUCGUCAAGCUUUCCCAUUCUCGCAAGAAACCGACAAGACUUUUUCGAGAAAAUCAGACAAGAUGGUUCUCGCCGUUGAUCUUCUGAACCCUUCCCCGGCCGCCGAGGCCAAGAAGCACAAGCUCAAGACCCUCGUGCCCGCCCCUCGAUCCUUCUUCAUGGACGUCAAGUGCCCCGGAUGCUUCACCAUCACCACCGUCUUCUCUCACGCCCAGACCGUCGUCAUCUGCCAGGGAUGCACCACUGUCCUCUGCCAGCCUACCGGUGGUAAGGCUAGAUUGACCGAGGGUUGCUCUUUCCGACGGAAGUAAACUGCUUCGCGGCGGUUUUAUCUCCUUGGGUACUCAUGACUCUUACGGUUCAACUCAUGGUGGUCAUCUCGGAUCUGCAAAAACACAACCUCGACAUGGACGGAUAGAACAAACCGACGUUGCGAACAUUUACCAAAAACCUCUUUGCAGAUAGAAGAUGGGGCACCCAGAAUAGGGGCGUUUGGGGUCUCCGGAUAUCUUGCAUGGCACAUCAUUCUUCUUUUUGUUUUUCCGUUGCGCGCCUUGUACUAAAGAGUCUUCUCGAGGCAGGAAGGAAAAAAAAGCACUGCAUGGGUGGAAAGCUGGAGAAAGCCUUCACGAGUGUCCGGACUGGCCUGGCUAGGCCAGCUGGACACGAGGACGUGGAACCGCUGGUUGAUGAUCGCUUCAUACCCGGGUGCAGUGGGUAGCGGAGGAUGGUCACUGUGCUUUUGCGAAAUUCACAAUGGUUUCCACAUCACCUUCUUGUUGACGUGAAUGUUUCUAGUCGAUGCGAAUGAGUUGUGAUGCUAUCGUGCCUGUCGUAGAGCACACUGCUGUUAAUGAUUGCUAUGAUGCUAUGACUUUCCUAUCUCUUCAUAAUCUUUGCCGACCAAGCUCCUAGGCAGAGCUAUCGCUCUUGAGUUGAAUCUACUUGAUGAUGAUUGGCUCUAUACGGCGUCAUCGACAGCAGCCUAGGCCCCUCAUCCUAUCAGUUUGCCUGGUCGUCGACUCACCCGGAUGACUCGAUCCGGAGAGGCUCAUCCGCUCUGCCACCCAGGAAUGCCUAAGGCAACUCAACUAAGUAAUUUAAUGUUAACUAAUUCUCAUGAGAACCUGGGGAACCAAUUACCCCGCGAAAUGCUGUGUGAAAGUAUUUCGCCUUAAGCUGAAUGCAUUGUAGUUCGAGUCAUAGUCGAAGAUGAUUGGAUGGAAUAAGACUUGUGAAGGUCCGAACUUUGAAACAUCUACUGUCAAAUAGAUUUUGCUUUCCUCAG